CUCGUCUUCUUAAACAUCGUGAGAGCGAACUUUCCGUCUCAGUUUUACGUCUACGUUGAAUGAUAAAUUCUAAUUGAAAAUGACCGGAACGGAGCUCGUUACCACCGUAGAUCCGCACCUUAUUCCCGGAUACGCCGGAUUUUGUCCCCAGUAUCGUUACAGAUGUGGCGAAACCUACGGAAGCCAGACGCACAAGCUUUUGCUAGAUCCGACGAUAAAUCAUGCCGAAACCCUUAUUCUUUCAAACCGUACCACCGACGAAUACCAGGUUUCGCGGCCUCCGAAAGAUGACAUCGACAUUGUCAAUACGAGGUUUAAAAGAGGCACCCCAGUCUAUGUCCAUCCCAUGACACCUGGCUACGAAGGGUUUAUGCCAGGUCUGAACGCGAGUCAUGGGCAAAGAUAUACCGUGACAGCUACGGAAGGUAUUGCCGAAUUUAAGCGUCAAGAGAUACAGAACAAGGAAGUUCUUAAUCAGCUCCAGAAGGUCGUCGCGGUGCAGAGCGGACGCGGAGAGCCGCGUAAUCUUGAGGAACGUUUGCUGCUCGAAAGUCAGUUUAAACUGCCCAUGCUGUCGGUCCGUCCCGAUUGUGUCGGUGUAAUGAGGAAUUUACCGGUCGACGAACAAUGCGAAAGACCCAGAGACCACGCACCUUCACCGUAUUUCAUGAAUAACGAUAAUCCUGGGAAGUUCUUUGUCAAUGGCUACUCGGGACACAUUCCCUAUGGUUACGCACACUUCGGCGCGUCAAAUUCAGUGAUGACGAACAGUGCACUUUGCGAUUUCACCUCGAAUUACAGGCGAAGACAGAGCACAGAAUGGGCGCCGGUUACCAUUUCUCGGCCGGAUCCACCCCUCCUCAUACAACCGACUGAAAUUUACCACAAACACGUUGGAAUGAUUCCAAACUACAAGGGACACGUUCCUGGAGAAUCAUUCAGGUUUGGAAAAACAUUCGGAGCAGACACCAGGGACGCGAAGAGAUGGCUGAGAGGAGAUUUCGCGGUUUAAGAAGCAUCCGGUUAUUAUUGCUGAUUGAAAGUAAGGGAAAGAGGGCAAUAAAUGUUUUUAAAAAGACCCUUGACAAUUGCGUAUUUUUGUUGCUGUUUCUCAAAAUGGAAGGAAUUAAUUAUUUUUAAAGGUAAACAUUCUUGUGGCCAUAGUUACAUAAAAAUAUACAAACUUCAUAUACAUCGGGUGAAAUUUCAAUUCCAGUUGGCAAUCCUGUAAAGUUAGAUCUAAUUUUUCAGUAAUUCGAUUACUGUCGCGCUUUCCACUCUUUCAGAAUUCUGGCUGCUUCUUGCAAGUUUUCAUCUCUCUGUAAAACAUUGUAUUGUCAAGUUGAGGACAAAAAACAUUUUUAUUGUAAAUUAAUUCAACCUAAGUGCUAGACGAAUAUUCUUUCUCUCUAACCAGCUGUACUCUCUACAAACAAAAAUAACCAAAUUUGAACUAUCAUUUACCCAUCGUUUCGAUUUUCCAAGCACUAAUAAUCUCACCUUUAUGAAGCAGUAUCGUACAUUAUCCUCGCCCAAAUGCUUGUGUUCAGUGCUGUAAAAGGCAGACGGUGGAAUCCCCUGCAGACCAACAUUUUUCGUCAUCCAUUUAGUGAACUUAUAAUCCUUAUAUUGGUCUUUUUCCGUGGAAAGUUCCACUUUAUCUGCUAAAGCUGUCCAGUUUGCGAUCAUAAAGUAGCCUCCUUCUGGUACGGUAGGGUUCAUUCCGA